UUUCUCCUCGGACCAAGAUGACUGAUGGGAACCUUUCCGCCUCUACAAAUGGCGUAGCCUUGAUGGGCCUUCUGGACGCUCGGCCAGGAAACAUUCAGAACCUGCACCCCUUGAACCUCAAGGCGCCCCGCUCCCUCUCGCUGCCGGAGUCCGGGCCCCAGCUGAAACCGGGUGCUUUGGAGGACCGGCACAGCCUCAAUUCGGUGGACUCGGGUAUUCCCACCCUAGAGAUCGGCAACCCGGAGCCCGUGCCCUGCAGCGUGGUGCACGUGAAGAGGAAGCAGUCGGCGGCAGAGGUCGUCCCUGAGCGGGCCUGCCAGAGCGCGUGCCCGCUGCCGUCCUGCGCGCCCCCGGCCCCGGGCAGCGGCGCCGAGCGGGAGCCGAGCGUGCGCAAGUCCUCCACGUUCCCCAGGACGGGCUAUGACUCGGUGAAGCUCUACAGCCCCAGCUCCAAGGCCCUGAACCGCAGCGACAAUGUGUCUGUCUGCAGCGUGUCCAGCCUGGGCACGGAGCUGUCCACCACGCUGUCCGUCAGCAAUGAGGACAUCUUGGACCUCGUGGUCACGAGCAGCUCCAGCGCCAUCGUGACCCUGGAGAACGACGAUGACCCCCAGUUCACGGACGUCACCUUGAGCGCUGGCAAGGAAGCCCGUGACCUACGCCCGCCAGACGGUGCCGACCCCACCGAGGAGGGGCGGAAACUGAGGCUGUUGGGGCCGUUCAGUAGCUUCUUCACACGGAAUUUGCUUGCUAGAAAACAAAAUGCAAGGCUCGACAAACAGAACGACUUGGGAUGGAAGUUAUUUGGAAAAGUACCACUCCGAGAGAAUGCUCAGAAAGAUUCGAAGAAAAUGCAAAAGGAAUGUGAAGACAAGGCUGGACGACCUAGCAGGCCACCCUCUCCAAAGCAGAAUGUGAGGAAGAAUCUUGAUUUUGAGCCACUUUCCACCACUGCCCUCAUCCUGGAAGACAGACCAGCAAACCUCCCAGCGAAGCCAGCUGAAGAAGCUCAGAAACACAGGCAACAGUAUGAAGAAAUGGUGGUUCAAGCCAAAAAACGAGAGCUGAAAGAAGCCCAGAGGAGGAAAAAACAGCUGGAAGAAAGAUGCAAAUUAGAAGAAAGUAUUGGAAAUGCGGUCCUUACUUGGAACAAUGAGAUUCUGCCCAACUGGGAGACCAUGUGGUGCUCUAGAAAAGUUCGAGAUUUGUGGUGGCAGGGCAUCCCUCCCAGCGUGAGAGGCAAAGUCUGGAGCUUAGCCAUCGGCAACGAGCUGAACAUCACCCACGAGCUUUUUGACAUCUGUCUUGCCCGAGCCAAGGAGAGGUGGCGGUCCUUCAGCACAGGAGGCUCCGAAGUGGAGAGUGAAGAUGUUGGUUUUUCAGCAGCAGACAGAGAAGCCAGCCUGGAGCUUAUUAAACUGGACAUUUCCAGAACGUUUCCUAAUCUCUGCAUUUUCCAGCAGGGUGGUCCGUACCAUGACACGUUGCACAGCAUUCUGGGCGCUUACACUUGUUACCGGCCGGAUGUGGGUUACGUUCAGGGCAUGUCCUUCAUAGCGGCAGUGUUGAUCCUGAACUUGGACACUGCAGAUGCCUUCAUUGCUUUCUCUAAUCUUCUGAAUAAACCCUGUCAAAUGGCGUUUUUCCGAGUGGACCAUGGCCUUAUGUUGACUUAUUUUGCUGCAUUUGAGGUAUUCUUUGAAGAAAAUUUGCCGAAAUUAUUUGCUCACUUCAAGAAAAACAACUUAACUCCGGACAUCUACCUAAUUGAUUGGAUCUUCACUUUAUACAGCAAAUCUCUGCCCCUGGACCUGGCCUGCCGCAUUUGGGAUGUGUUCUGCCGCGACGGCGAGGAGUUCCUGUUCCGCACGGCGCUGGGCAUCCUGAAGCUCUUCGAGGACAUCCUGACCAAGAUGGACUUCAUCCACGUGGCGCAGUUCCUGACGCGGCUGCCCGAGGACCUGCCCGCCGAGGAGUUCUUUGCCUCCAUAGCGGCGGUUCAGAUGCAGAGCCGGAACAAGAAGUGGGCUCAGGUGCUGACUGCGCUGCAGAGGGACAGCCGGGAGCUGGAGAAAGGAAGCCCGUCUCUCAGGCACUGAGGAGGCAGGUGGACUUGCGCUCGGCAUGAAGCUGAUCUCCAAGUGGCACCUGUGUUGUUUCAGGCGGACACCCUGGCAGCUCCGAAGAACAGGGCUGCUUUCAUGUUUGGUUCCUAAUACUGGAGUUGGCCUUAAAACAAACAAAACUUUAAAGCAUUAAACCACGGCUUAGCCUUAAGAAGCUCGUGGAGCGAUGGCCUGGUGUCGCCCUGGCCAAGCACUGCAUACUCUGCAUGGUUAAAAUAGGGCAGCGGCUAAUUCCCGCCCCUCGUUUCAGCAGAAGUUCAUUAAAUUGUAAUGUUUUUACGUCAGCUACUGGGAAGUACGUUACAGUCUCUCGUGGCCAAGGUGCAUGAGAAAUGUCAUUGGGAGGCCUCAGGACGUCCCUGGCUUGUGUUUUCAUGUUUUAGUGAGAAAGGGAUUGCCAGCUUAGUCAUGGAGACAGCCCUUUCCAAGCUGGAGGUCGUGUUCUGAAGCCCCUACCCCAGGGAAGCGGGCUCUCACAGGCAGCCGCCGAUGUGGGCCCAGGCUCGGCACACGGUCUGACCUUCAGGCAGGCCAGUUACCUUGUUGCCUUGACAAAACUCCAGCACGAGGGAGGGUUCCAGCGGGCGUGCUGUCCGUGCGGGGCUGGCUCCUGCGCCUGCUGAGCGAUGGCGCUGAGCUGGAGCAGGGAGAGACAUGCCGCCGGCAAUAGAGGCGGAAUUGGUGCUGGUGGGAGGCCGGACAAGCUGCCCCUCUGAGCUGGAGGGGCCCAGAUCCGCCCCCCUCUCGCACCCUGCUCCUCUCUGGGCAGUGGGCAGGGACCCCCCUUGCGCGUUGGAGACGCACGGUUGUAAGGACUGAGGAGCGGCAGCACAGCCAGCAGCCCACGGGCCUGGCGGUCCUCCGUGUCCCCGCGUGGCUGGCUCUCCCCGGGUUCCGUAGCCACAUUUGAGUUCCAGCUGUUGCUCGGCUGACUUGGAAAGCUUGGUGUCGAGGACUGUGGUUAUCCAAAUUCAGAGACGUGAGCAGUCUGCAGAGAUGUCCAGAGGGCAGGCAGGUCUCCAUGGACACAGGUUCCUGCGUGCUACUGAGUUGGGCUCUGGGGCGCUCUGUAGGCCGGGUUCAAGGGCACCUGUGCCCGCAGCCCUUCCCAGCCACCGUCCCACCCCCAGGAGGGCCCGCGGCUCUGAGCUGUGGUGGGGAGCCGUGGGAGGGUCGAGCCCAGCGGUGGCCUUCUCGUAGGUUUUCUGUAUCUGCCAUUCCCGCGAUGACACUUCAGGUGCAAGCCAGUUGCUGUCCUUGUGACUCCGUCCUGGGCCGUGUUCCGUGUGUGGUUGUCCCUCACGUUCCUGACAGCUCUCGAGGAGGUUCCCGAGCAUCCUGUGCACCACUUUCUGCCUCAGCCUUUAAACGCCGACCCGCCCGACCUCUGGGGGAGGCGUUCUGUCUCCACCGCGCCCGGCAGCCUUCCCUGAGGGCGCGGGGCCGUGGUUGACCCCGGCCUGGGGGACGGGCCGCCAGCCCCUCCCGCUGCUCCUCGCAGAUGCCCUUGGUUUUGUUCCGUGAGGUGGGCUUUCUGUUCCUGAGAGAUGUAUAUAUUUUCUUACUGUACAUAAGAUGUUCCUUAAGUGCUGGCAGAAAGCGAUUCGGCGGGGCCGAGGGCCGCGCUUCAGAAAGUGUUAGUGGAGCUUCACGCAGUCAGACCCCAGUCCUGACCGUUGUCGUUCAGCUUGACUAGCAUCUCUUUGGGAUAGGACGCUGCUGCAGUACGUUUUUAAACAGGACUCCAGGCCAAUCCAGAGUACUUGCAAAUCUUCAGUUCUGAGGAGGUUUUUGUGACCUGUUCGGGGACCACACGAGGUCUUGCUGGUUUGCUGUGUCCACUUCAGAGGCCGGGCGUUCUGAGUCCCUCUCUGGGGUCGCCACCCCUUCCGCGAGGGCAGGGAGCUGCCAGGCCACCCGGGGCUGCGUUUCUCUGACGUUCUCGUUUAGGAAAACGAGAGACUGACCUUGAAAUGCUGCCGCCUUGGGAAGCCAGCCCUUCCGCCUCCCUACGCCACUGAUUUUCAGAAUGUGAGACUUCAGGUUGGGACCUUGGUGCAGCUGGCCCUUUAGAGUCAGAAGCUAUGUCCCCACCAGUCCCUGAAAUCCUAUCUGGAAAAAAGGCUCACUUUAAAAAGGUACUUUUUAACUGCUCAGUUUUUGACUAUUUUAAAUAGUUGCUGAUAGGAAACUCCUGAUAACACUUGCUACUUAUCAUGUUUUAAUUGCUUGUACAGUUAACCUUUAAUUUUAUUUAGUAAAGUGUAUCAAACUAGGGCUUUUUGAAUUGUACAUAUGUGGUUUUAUUAAAUAAAAGUCAUGUAAAAUUGUUAC